AUGUUGGCCACAAGAAGGUUGUUCCAAUUGAAUCGAUCCAACACGAUCGGAUUUAUUGGUCUUGGUGCCAUGGUCAGUCGCGCGACCAUCAACGGGGCCUGGGAAUCGACUUGGCUUGGCAUCGCUGACCUCCUUUGCUCUGCCCGUCCACCAACCGCCCCCACCCCACCCCACCUUCAUUCGAUCUCGGUCAUCAAAUCACCCACCUCGCCGACUUCCGAGGCUAGGGCCGUGGUAUGGCCGCAAACUUGCUCAACAAGACCUUUGCCAACCAAGAAGGUGUCUACGCCCCCGAAAAGCAGAAACCCGCUUUCGUCGUCUACGACGCCCACACCCCGGCCGUCGACGCCUUCCUGAACCAACACGUCCGAGCCUACGCCGGUCGCGAUAUCAUCCCCGCUUCGUCCCCCGCUGGAGUCGCCAAGUUGGCUUCCACGAUCGUCACCAUGUUGCCUUCGUCGCCUCAGGUCCAAGAGGUCUAUCUCGGCGAGAACGGGUUGUACGACGGGGUUGAGGGUCUUGAGGGCAGCGAGCGGAAAGCCGAGACCUUGUUCGUCGAUUGCACGACGCUCGAGCAAGGCGUUGCCAAGGAGGUGGCUGAGAAGAUGGGCACGCUCGGUUCAGCCAUGAUCGAUGCACCCGUUUCGGGAGGUAAGGGGGAACAGAGGGACUUCUGGGCGAGCCCACGAGCCGAAUCUGCGCCGGCACUGACGAUGCCUCGUCCCGAUCCUCGGUGGCCUGCUUCUCUUUGUUCCAGGUGUCGUCGGAGCUCAAGCCGGGACGUUGUCGUUCAUGGUUGGAGGUCCGAAGGAGGCUUAUGAACGAGCUCAACGAUUCUUGACGUUGAUGGGCGCAAGGUCGAUCUACUGCGGAGGCAGUGGUAACGGGUUGGCCGCCAAGAUCUGCAACAACUUGCUGUUGGGUGACUAGGAGCAGCAAAUAUCGAUGCGACCGUUCGACUUGGAUCGUACUCACUUUUCUUUGAAUAUGUGCACACCAGGUAUCUCGAUGGCGGGCACGGCCGAAGCGAUGUUGCUUGGCCAAUCGCUCGGCCUCGCCCCGGAUUUGCUCGCGUCUAUCCUCAAUACCUCUGUAAGUUCUUCCCAAGGACAAUCAUCGAAUGGUUAUGACCUUCUGACUUUAUAUGCGGUACGCAGACUGGGAAAUGCUGGGCGUCCGAAAUCAACAACCCCGCACCCGGCGCAUUGCCCAAAUUGAAGCCGCCAGCCGAUAGGGGAUACCAAGGAGGGUCAGUUUCUUCAAAAUUGUGGGCCGCGUAGUCACCUCCAGAGCUUGAGAAUUCAUAUAACAGCGUUUCCGCUUCAGAUUUCUGUCCAAAUUGAUGGCGAAAGGUUCGCACCUAUCGUGCUGCGCGGGUGUCAGGCAAGUGCUUCAACUGACCGGCGCCCCUCGACUAGAUUUGAACCUCGCCAUUGCGGCAUCGAAAACGACGGGGACACCUUUGCCCGUGGGUGGUCUCACAACAACCCUUGUACGUCAAUUGCCUCUCACCUGCUUCAUAUGGGAUAUGGACUCAGACUGACACUCCCUCUUUGUCCGCGUAUUUCCUAGUACAACACCCUGUCCAAACACGAUGAUUUCGCUAAUAUGGACUUCUCGAGUGUGUACGAGUACCUGCGAAUCGCACAAGAAGGGGCCAAGCAGACCGAAGGCGGCGAUCCAUUUACCGGGGGCCGUAAGCAGUAA